AACAACCAGCAUCCGACUCAAAACUCUUCGAUCGCCGUUUGGCCGUAAGCCCACUGGUCUCCUCCUCUCCAACCGAAGAAAUAGAAACUAGGAUUUCCAAGAUCUAGGGUAUCUCCAAUCUCUCCAAACAUGACGGACUUUAGCGGCGACGAGGUCGCCCCCUUCUUUGGAUUCCUCGGAGCCGCGGCGGCGCUCGUUUUCUCCUGCAUGGGGGCGGCGUAUGGUACGGCGAAGAGUGGUGUCGGGGUGGCUUCGAUGGGCGUGAUGCGGCCGGAGCUCGUGAUGAAGUCGAUCGUGCCUGUGGUCAUGGCCGGAGUCCUCGGGAUCUACGGGUUGAUCAUAGCCGUGAUCAUAAGUACUGGGAUUAACCCCAAGGCCAAGUCUUACUACCUCUUCGAUGGAUAUGCGCAUCUCUCGUCGGGGCUCGCUUGCGGCCUUGCUGGCCUUUCUGCAGGCAUGGCGAUCGGGAUUGUCGGUGAUGCAGGUGUCAGGGCCAAUGCGCAGCAGCCAAAGCUAUUUGUUGGGAUGAUUCUCAUUCUCAUUUUUGCAGAAGCUCUUGCACUCUAUGGUCUCAUUGUUGGUAUCAUCCUUUCAUCCCGGGCUGGUCAAUCCCGUGCAGACUAAGAACGUGAGCAGCUGGCCAUGUAUUCUCUGUUCUCCCUAUGUUCAUAUAGGACAUGAGCUAAGCGUUAUAAUUGUUUUGUUAUUAUACUGUGAUUCAUUUAAGGACUUUGUUAUGAAUGGGGGCCUCAUUGUUCGACUUGUCUGUUAUCAGUCUUUUCUAUAACGUGUCAUUUUUAUCUUCUUGUGA